AUGGUCGCCGUCGCCCACGUUCCCGCCCCCAUCGGGGAGCCCGCGAAGCUGGAGAAGAAGCCCGUCAAGUUCUCCAACUUGCUCCUCGGUGCCGGUCUCAACAUGUUUGAGGUCACCACCCUUGGCCAGCCCCUCGAGGUCGUCAAGACCACCAUGGCCGCCAACCGUGGCGACGGCUUCACGACCUCGCUCGGCCGCAUCUGGUCUCGCGGCGGUGUUCUCGGCUUCUACCAGGGCCUCAUCCCCUGGGCCUGGAUCGAAGCCUCCACCAAGGGUGCCGUUCUGCUCUUCGUCGCCUCCGAGGCCGAGUACUACGCGCGCGCCGCUGGCGCCUCCGAGUUCACCGGCGGUAUCACUGGUGGUGUCGUCGGUGGUGUUGCUCAGGCCUACGCCACCAUGGGCUUCUGCACCUGCAUGAAGACGGUCGAGAUCACGAAGCACAAGCAGGCCGCCGCCGGCGUCGUGCCCCAGAGUACCUUUGCCACCUUCAUGGACAUUUACCGCCGCGAGGGCGUCCGUGGCAUCAACAAGGGUGUCAACGCUGUCGCCAUUCGCCAGAUGACCAACUGGGGCUCCCGUUUCGGUCUGUCGCGUCUCGCCGAGCAGGGCAUCCGCCGCGCCACCGGCAAGGAGGGCGGCGAGAAGCUGGCCGCUUGGGAGAAGAUCCUUGCCAGUGCCUUCGGCGGUGGCCUCAGCGCCUGGAACCAGCCCAUCGAGGUCAUCCGCGUCGAGAUGCAGAGCAAGAAGGAGGACCCCAACCGGCCCAAGAAGAUGACCGUCGGCAACACCUUCCGCUACAUCUACGACACCAACGGCAUCCGCGGUCUCUACCGUGGUGUCGCGCCCCGUAUCGGUCUCGGUAUCUGGCAGACCAUCUGCAUGGUUGCCAUGGGUGACAUGGCCAAGACCUACGUUGAGAAGCUCACCGGUGACGACGUCACUGCGAAGCACUAA